AUGAAUGUACAAGUAGCAGUUAGGGUACGUCCCUUUAAUUCACGUGAAAAGGAAAGAAAUGCAGAAUUAAUUGUUCAAAUGAAUAAUAAAUCUACAAUUUUGACCAGACCAUCUGCACUUCGUGCCAAUCCUUUGGCUGCACCAACAGCAGAUGAUGAGAAAUCAUUUUCAUUCGAUUAUAGUUAUUGGUCAUAUGAUUCAAAUGAUCCACAUUUUGCAUCGCAAUCAACAGUAUAUAAUGAUUUAGGUAAAGAAGUUUUAAAAAAUGCAUGGGAUGGUUUCAAUUGUUCAAUCUUUGCAUAUGGUCAAACUGGUUCUGGUAAAAGUUAUUCUAUGAUGGGUUAUGGUGAAGAAAAAGGUAUUAUUCCAUUAAUUUGUGAAGAAUUAUUUCAAAGAAUUCAAUCAACACCAUCAAAUUCAAAUGAACAAACAAUUUAUAAAACAACAGUUAGUUAUAUGGAAAUUUAUAAUGAAAAAGUUAAAGAUUUAUUAAAUCCAAAUAAUAAUAAAACAGGUGGUUUAAAAGUUAGAAAUAAUCCUUCAACUGGUCCAUAUGUUGAAGAUUUAUCAAAAUUAGCAGUUAAAAGUUUUUCAGAAAUUGAUAUGCUUAUGGAUGAAGGUAGUAAAGCAAGAACUGUAGCAUCAACAAAUAUGAAUGCAACAUCAAGUCGUAGUCAUGCAGUGUUUACAAUUGUAUUCACACAGAGUAAAAUCGAUAAGACAAGAGGUACGGCAAUUGAUAGAGUUAGUAAGAUUAGUUUGGUGGAUUUGGCAGGUUCAGAGAGGGCCAAUAGCACUGGUGCAACUGGUGUACGUUUGAAGGAGGGUGCAAAUAUCAAUAAAUCCCUCUCCACAUUGGGUAAGGUUAUCUCUGCAUUGGCAGAGAAUUCAACAUCAAAGAAGGCUGUAUUCGUACCUUAUCGUGAUUCAGUGUUAACUUAUCUCCUCAAGGAAACGUUGGGUGGUAAUUCUAAAACAAUUAUGAUUGCUGCAAUAUCGCCAGCAGAUAUAAACUAUGAAGAGUCACUCUCGACACUACGUUAUGCAGAUUCCGCUAAAAAGAUCAAAACUGUCGCUGUGGUCAAUGAAGAUGCUCAGUCCAAGCUUAUUAGAGAGUUGCAAGGUGAAGUGGAGAGAUUAAGAGCAAUGAUGGACCAAGGUGGUCAAUAUCAUGCAAACGAUUCAAAACUUAUGAAUUCCGAUUACGAUGAAACCGUUUCUACAUUGAAUGAAAAGAUAGAACAAUAUGAAAAACUCAUGGCUGAAUUAAAUAAAUCAUGGGAAGAGAAAUUAUCAGAGGCUGAAGCAAUUCGUGAGGAUAGAAUGGCUGCACUAAAAGAUAUGGGUGUUGCAAUUAAAGUGGUCUCUUCAAUUCCUCAUCUUAUUAAUUUAAAUGAGGAUCCUCUAAUGUCUGAAUCUUUAAUCUAUUAUGUUAAAGAAGGUAAAACUAGAAUUGGUCGUUCAGAUUCUGAAAUUCCUCAAGAUAUCAUUUUAAAUGGUUUAAAUAUUCAUAAAGAACAUUGUAUUUUUGAAAAUAUUAAUGGAAAAGUUAUAAUUUCUCCAUCAAAUAAUUUUAUGAAUAAUAAUAAUAAUAAAGAAAAUUCAUCAUCAACAACACCAACAUCAUCAAAGUCACCAUCAAAACCAAAAUCAGAAAAAGAAAAAGAAAAUAAUAAUGAUGAUGAUGAUGGUGAAAAGAAAUUAGAUAGAUCAUAUAUCUAUGUAAAUGGUGUUGAAAUUAAUAAACCAACCAUUUUAACAACAGGUAAUAGAGUAAUUUUAGGUAAUAAUCAUAUUUUUAGAUUUAAUAAUCCAGAGGAAGCAAUUAAAAUUGCAAGAGAAAGAAAUCAAACUACUGGUGGUAUAGUUAGUAGUACAAAGAGUCCAGUCGAUCAAAUUAUGGAUUAUGAUUUCGCUUUGAAUGAAUUGGCUUCAAUUCAAGGUACAUUGGCAAUGUCAAAACAUAUCAAUGAUAAACAAGAAUAUAAGAAACAAAUGAGAGCAUUAUAUGACCAAAUUAGAUUACAACUCGAGAAUGAUUGCGACCCAGAAGUAAAGGAACAACGUGAGAAAUUGGCAUUGCUCGCAUUUAGACGUUGGAGAUCAAAAGUUCAUAGAUCUAAACUUUUGAAUAAGAUCUCUUUCAUCAUUUUAUCAUUGAACGAAGCGAAUGCCAUCUCCUCCACUUUGAAUAAAAAGAUCAAUUUAUCCUUAAAGUUAUAUUCAGUAUUCCCAGAGCCUGAUCAAAUCUCUGAUAAUAUCGAGCCGGAAAUCGAUUGGAGAAAAACUCAAAUCCUUAUUAAAGCAACCGAUUCGUCGACUGGUGAGAGCACAUUAGUCACCGAUCAAGAUUUCGUAGAUAGAAUUUAUUUAAUGAGGGAACUUUAUCAAAAUGAUGGUAGAUUGGAUACUGAGCUUCCAGAGGAUCCUUUCCAAUUCACAUUUACAAAGGAUUCAUUAAUUGGUGUGUCACAUGUUUAUCUAAAGAAUACAUUAUAUUUGGUAGAAAGUAAUAGACCAGUACCCAUUUUAGAUGAGAAUGGUAAUCAAAAAGGUUAUUUAAAUCUAUUGGUUUCAUCAUCAUCUACCGAUAUUACAGAGUCUGAACGUGGUUUAUAUUUAGAGAAUCCAUCAAAUAAUAAAUCAUUAUUACUUGGCAAGAAUUUAGAAAUUACCAUUGGUUUUGAAGGUUUCUCAGAGUUUAUAGAUGAAAAUAAAUUUAGUGAUGUUUUCAUUAAAUUCAAUUUCCCAAAUCAAAAUGGUACAAUAGUAGAUACAUUUUUAACAGAACCACAACCAAUCUCUGCUUUUAUCGAUCAAAAGAGAAUUGUUAUCACUUCAUUAACCGAAUCAUUAAUUAAUCUAUUACAAACUCAAUAUGUUUCAUUUGAAAUUAGAGGUCAUAAAAAGAGUAAACAACAACCAAAAUUAACAUCAUCAUCAUCAUCUGCCUCCACAACAUCAUCAUCAUCAAAGAAUCAACCAAUGUUAGAGAAUUUCGAAUUUUUAGCAACUUUAAAUAUUUUAGAAUCUGAAAAGAAUACAGGUACUGAUGAUCAAUAUAAACCAGUUCAUAUUUUAGAGGAUCCAGAUGUUUAUAAUACUCAUUUACCUUCGGUUACAUUCCGUUUAAAAAAAGAUAAAACAAAUCGUCAAAUUCUAUUUAAAGUUAUAAAGAAUGAAUCAAAUUCAAUCAUUAAAGAAUGUAAAUCUGCAAGAAUAUCUGAUAUUAAAAUAUUUGGUAAAAGAGAUAACCCAUUAUUAUCUUCAUCAGCUACACCAAAUACACCAAAUACACCAAAUAAUUCUAGAAUAGCAGGUAUUCAAAAUACACCAGGUACUCCAAUGACACCAUAUUCAAAUCAAACUAACAACCAACAAUCAUCAUCAUCACAACCACCAUUACCACAACAACAAGGUACACCAUAUAAUCCACAAUCAAAUAAUCCAAAUGUAAUAUCAAAUGCACCACCAACACCAAAUUCAAAUUUAUUAAAAGAUUUAUCAUUAGCCGCAAAUGUACAAACUUCAUCAUCAUCAUCAUCAUCCUCAUUAAAUGUAUUAUUAAAUAAUCAACAACAACAACAACAAUCACAACAAUCACAACAACAACAACAACAACAAUCACAACAAUCAUCUGAAACAUCAAGUACUACAAAUUCAAUUACAAAUUCUGCAUCAAAUUCAUCAUUAUCAUUAUUAGUAAAUAAUCAAACUACAAAUAGUAAUAAUAGUGGUGGUAAUAUAUUUGAAAUUCCUGUAUUAUCAUGUACUGAUGAUUCAGUUUUAUUAUUAUGGAAAACUAAUGAUCCAUCAUUUAUUUUCAAUCAAAAAACAAGAAAAGGUGAUAAAAUUCUAUUUAAAUUAACAUUUGAUCUUUUAAUUCAAGGUUUCCCAGAUGUGGUUUCAAUCUCUAAAGAUAUUGCAAUUAAAAUAUUAUCAUCUGAAUCGAUGCCAAGUGCAACCAUGCCAGAUGGUACAUCAUCAUCAUCGAUGAGUAAUCUUUUAGAUAAAUUUAAAACUCAUUUCAAAGGUGAAUCAAUUUUAUCGGAACCAUCAAUUCAUGCAGGUUCUGUAUUUAGUAUUAAUUUAACCAAAUCUAGACAACAAGAACAUCAAAAUCGUAUUGGUGAAAUGAUUGAUGCUCAUCAAGAGAAUAUUUUAAAACUUGGUUAUGCAAUGAAAAUGGAAAAGUUAAGACAAGAAUUGGAUCUACGUGAGAAAUUAACAAAUUUAAAAGAGAAAACUAUCGAUUCAACCAACACUGAUGAUGUUAAUGCUGCAAAUGGUGUUGCUGAAUCUUCAAAUUCUUCAACUAUCGACGUUGAAGAGAUUGUAAAGAAAAUGCUAUUAAUGAAUUCAACACAUCAACAACAACAACAAAACUUUUCCUCACCAUCUUCAACUUCACCAACUUUAGUAAAUGGUGAAUCAUCACCAAAAAGUGGUAGAUCAUCAAAUACCACUAGUAGUAGUAGUGGUGGUGGUGGUGGUGGUGGUCGUAAAAGAUCAUCAACAAUUGUUGAAGUUAAAGUUAAAGAAGUACCAUCAAGUGCAUUAUUAAAGGAGGAUGAAACAAGUGGUUAUUUGAAAAAGAAAUCAGCAUUUAAAGAGGAAUGGAAACCAAGAUGGUUUGUUUUUAAGAAACCAUACCUUUAUUAUUCACAUAAUCAAAAAGAUACUCAUAAAUUAAAGAAAAUCGAUUUAACCAAUAGUUCAGUUGCAAUCACUCAAGAUGAAGUACCAUUUGGUUUUGCAAUCAUUCAAUUACGUAGAGUUUGGUUAUUACAAGCAAAUUCAGUUGAGGAUAGAGAUAAAUGGGUGCAAACUUUAGAUCCAUUGAGAAAGGUAACCGAGUUAAAGGAUGAGGAGUUGAGAACUGCAAAACAACAAAUCGAGAAAUCCUCUUCACAAUUGGACCAAAUUAAAUCACAAUUGCAAACUGGUCAACAAAUUGUAUUGGCAAAACAAAAGGAAAUCGAAGAACUUACCAACACCAUCUCUCAACUUCAAUUGGAGAAAGAAAUCAACACUCAACAAUUUGAUGGACUUCGUGAUGAAAUUCAAAAUCGUGAUGAAGAGUUGGAGCAAUACAAGAGCCAACAAUCUCAAAAAAUUAACCAACUCUCUGGUCAAGUUAAUAAAUUGGAAAAUGUCACCCAAGAGAAAGAAUUAACCAUUGGUUCACUCUCUUCAACUUUGAACAAUACAAAUCAAAUCAUCGAGCUAAUCAAUGAACAAUCGAAAUCAUACAAGAAUGUCGCAGAGAUGGAGAUCGAAUCAUUACGUGAUGAAACCACUCAACUAAGAGAAACUAGUCAACUUUUAGCCAAUAGAUUAAAAGAAUGUCGUUCAAGUAUUCAAUCAGCUGAAUCUUUAUUGAGUGAGAGAGAUUUGGAGAUCACUCAAUUAAAGGCAUUGUUAACACAACAAGAGGAAUCAAGUGGUAUCACUUCAUUGAAUUUAAAGAAUCUUCAAUCCGAUCAAACUAUGAAACAAGGUCAAAUUGAUAUCCUCUCGAAAACAGUACAACAAUCGACUGCAACCAUUCAAAAUAUUUCAUCACAGUUGGAUUCAACCACAAAAGCUAGUGAUAGUAAAGAUGAACAAAUCACUUCGAUCAAUAGUGCUUACAAAGAUGAAUCCGAUAGAUUAAAGGAUCAAACCACUCAAUUGAAUUCUUUAACUACUAAUCUUAGACAACAAAUGCGUUCAUUGGAACAAACUCAUCUACAACAAAAAGAAACCUCUGCUUCCGAUCAAAAGACUUUGUUAUUGCUAUUACAUGAUAUGGAACAAGGCUUAACAAGAGCAAGUCAAACUAUCACCGAUCAAAGUGCUCAAGUCACAGUUUUAAAGAAACAAUUGGAAGACUCAAAGAAAUCCAAUGAACAAUUACCAACCGUUGAAAAACAAUUAUCCCUAAUGAAAGAUCGUCUCAUUCAAUCAGAGAAUCAAUUGAUAGAUCGUGAAUGUGAAAAUACUAUCCUCUCUGAUAAAUUAAAACUUUGGGAAGAAGAGAUCAAGAUUAAAGAUUCCAAAUUAAGUCUCUUGGAAAAUAAUGUCAAAGAGGUUAGAGCAGAGUAUGCCAAUGGUAUGGCCUUCUCUAGAGAGUUCUCUCAGCAUCAUACAGAUAGUGGUAGCAUCAGUGGUAAGUUCAAUAGAAGAUCCAAACAAAUCUCUGCUGAAGAACAAAUGGAAACCCUUAGAGAAAGUUCAAUCGCUCAUCAAUCUCAUAACGCCUUUUUGAAUUCACAAAUUCAACGUUUGGAGACUGAAAUGAGAACUCAAGAAAAGGUUUACAGUGAUACCAUUCAAAGAAUUAAAAAAGAUCUUCAACAAAGAAAUCAACAAAAUAUAGCUUUUAUGAAACAUCAAGUCGGUGAUGAAAUCGUUAAAAAGAUGGAAGAUGUUACAGCCUCUAUGGAGAUUUUGAAAAAGAAAUAUUUCGUUAGUUUAGUUGUUGCUGCAAAACUUCAAAAUGCAAUGAUGGGUAAUAUUUGUAAUGUUGAUGCUUAUGAAUUAUAUGAACAAUCUGUAGUUGAACAUAUUUUAGAUCAAGAUCAAUGGCCAAAUUGGAUAGCUCAAACAAUUUCAACUCAAAAUAAACAUUUAUAA